AUGGUAGGGGAGGAGCUGCCUCUCGGGCAGAACCUUGUUACUGAACCCACCCGGAGGAGCCUGGCCAUUCUGCCUCUCGUGGCCACUGUGCUGACUGCCCGCUUCUCCAGACCCCUGUCACAGCCCCCGAGGAAAACCCUGAAUUUCUCUGACAGAGUAAAUGGAGCAAGAGGCUUGCUGCUGUUUCACUCUGCCUCCUUUGUCCCUGUUGACCGUCGGACUGACGCUGCUUCGGUGAACCCAGUUGCCAGCAAAGCUGUCUUGGUCACAGGCUGUAACUCUGGAUUUGGGUUCUCCUUCGCCAAGCAUCUGCAUUCAAAAGGCUUCCUUGUAUUUGCUGGCUACUUGAUGAAGGGCCUGGUUAACAAUGCGGGCAUCUCAAUGUUUGGGGAUGUGGAGUUCACCAGCAUGGAGACCUACAAGGAGGUGGUGGAAGUAAACCUCUGGGGCACAGUGCAGGGGACAAAACCCUUUCUCCCCCUCAUUUAGAGGGCCACAGGCUGCGUGGUCAACAUCAGCGGCAUGCUGCGCCGCAUGGCCCACGCGGCCGGCCCCACGUACUGCAUCACCAGGCUUGGGGUGGAGGCUUUCUCCGACUGCCUGCGCUACGAGGUGCACCCACUGGGAGUGAAGGUCGGCGUGGUGGAACCCGGCAACUUCAUCGCCACCACCAGCCUCCACGGCGCUGAGCGCAUCCAUGCCAUCGCCAGUAAGAUGUGGGACGAGCUGCCUGAGGAGGUGCGCAAGGACUACGGCUGGAAGUACUUUGACGAGAGGGUCGCGAAGAUGGAAACCUACUGCAACAGCAGCUCCACGGACACGUCCCUCGUCAUCAGCGCUGUCACCCACACCCUGACCUCCGCUAACCCCUACACUCGCUACCACCCCAUGGACUACUACAGUUGGGUGCAAAUGCGCAUCACGACCCACUUGCCCGGAGCGAUCUCCGACAGGAUCUACAUACACCGAGGAGUUUCUCACUGGCCUCUGCCUGCAGCACUGGGCCUGGGCCCCUUGGAGUAUAACCCCAUCUCCCAAGCAGCAGGCUCUGGGCCCUGCUCCCUGGGAGGAGAUGUGCUGGAGGAGCCCAUCAGCGACCCUCCAGGAGGAAAUCUGCCUGGCCUGGGCUCACACCGCCCCAUCCUGGGCGUUUCUGAGGGCAUGCUCUAA